AAGGAAGUGGAGGGUGAGCCCAAACUAGCAAUUAGAUGUGGCUUUAUUUAGCUAAUCUAGGAAUGAAAUCAAUAGUUUUAAAAAAUAUAAAAGUAGCUUGAUGAGAAAUAUGUGUUUACAACUUGCUAGCUAGCUACGUCUGUGCAGGGCUAAAUUACAGAGCCCGGCCUUAACUAACGUUAGUUAGCAUAGCUAUGUUAGGUAACGUUAACUACAGUAGCUAACUAAUUAGGUAGCUAGAGUAAUGUCAACAAACCUGUUUAGUAGAUCGAUUUUGUGUAAUUGCAUGAUACCACAUUUUUUUUUUUUUUUUGUAUUUUGGCGACAACGUUAUCAUUAGCAUUUGAAAUGGUCACUCACCUCCAGAAAAUCACUCAACCCAAGUUGAUUUUGGCUAGCCCAAAAGAGAAAACUCCAGGGUUAGCAAAUAAUAGCUAGGUGGCAGUCAAGUCUCUAUCAAACAGAAGAUCACAGGAUGGAUACUAGUGGGAAACCCUCCAUAGCCCAAUUCCUGCUAUUAGCCACCAGCUCAGCACUUACUGCAGUCUUCUACUCUGUGUACAGGAGGACAACAACAGUAGCAAGAUUAAAAGGAGACAAGAAAGUGUGUAUUGAUCAGGAUAUGAAGAACAUCCUGACAGAAGCACCAGGAACAUGUGUCCAGUACGCUGUUAUUGAAGGUGUUGUGAGAUCUGUGAAAGAAACCCUGAACAGCCAGUUUGUGGACAACUGCAAAGGGGUCAUCGAGAGGUUAACUCUAAAGGAGUAGAAGAUGGUGUGGAAUCGCACCACUCAUCUCUGGAACAAGAGUGAAACGGUCAUACACCAGCGUACCAACACGGUGCCCUUUGACCUGGUGUCCCACGAUGAGGCUGUGGCAGCCACCAUCCGGGUCAUCCGUCCCCUGGACUCCUCGGAGCUGGACCUGCAGGUCACCUAUGAGAACUUUCACCCCACUGCCCAGUCCCUGACCAACGUCAUCGGCCACUUCAUCAGCGGGGAGCGCCCUAAAGGUGUGGUCCUGUGUGGCUCAGUUGGUAGAGCAUGAUCUUUGCAACACCAGGGUUGUGGGUUCAAUUCCCGCUGGGAAUUGUAAAUGGCCUCAUCUAAUGUCACUGAAAAAAAGGAUUGUGUCGGUUUAUUUUUCUGUUUUCUUUGCUUUUAUAAUGUUUAAUUGAAAGAUCAAGCUGACUUGUAGCUUGAUUUGAGUUAGUUAUAUCAGUUGAAAUAAAAACAUGUAAUAUCCAGGAUCCUUCUUAGUUGUAGAAUCAACUCAGAACUUGAAUGUUUUCACCUCAAUGUUUCUCCAAAGCACACAUCAAAGCCAUUUUGAAUAAAUAAAGACAAACAAAAUAAAUAUAUCCUCAACCUAUUUUACAAAUCUGUAGUCCCUAUACUAUCCACACACAUCUAUGUAAAUGUGUAUGGCUGCCAGGAGAGGGUGAUGUCUGCCUUGCAUACCUUUUCAACAGGGAUGAAAGAGUACAUCAUAUUUUAUGAUUUAUAUAAACCAUUGCAUUUGAUCUAAGCAGAAAAGGUACAGAAAUCAUGUA